AUGGACAAUCUGCUGAACGACAUUCUAGCAGCUUCACAAAGUACAGCCACAGCAUUAGAUACGCUGACAGAACAGCUGACUGAUCUAGACACAGCCUCAGGCAUGUCACUUCUUGCGCUCAAGAAUGAGGCACUUCUUGGGUACGUGCACGACACUGCACUUGUUCUUGCAGCACAGCUUGUUUCACGAGUAGGCUCUGGGAAUCAAGAGGAGGCUGUAAAGGUACGAAAGGAGGCUAUUAAAGGAGCGAUUGGUGGUAGAGUGGUUCUGGAAAAGGGACUGAGAGGGUUGGAGAGUCGAGUGGCUUAUGAAAUUGAUAAGGCUCUGCGGAAUUAUGAAAAAGUACGGGCCAAAAAGGAGAAGGAAGAACAAGAUGAAGAUGAGGAUGAAAAUGAAGAUGAAGAUAAUGAAGAACAAGAUACUGGUGAUUUAUUGGCAUUCAAGCCUAAUCCAUUGGCUUUACUUGCUGGUAAGAAACCCACAAGAGGAGCUAAGAAAGAUAGAGAAGAUGAAGAUGAGGAUGAGGAAGAUGAGGAGGUUGAUGAGGAAGAAAAAGAGCCCAAGGAAAAGUUUUACAGAGCACCCAAGAUCUCAGCUACACUACCAUCAACAGAAACCGUUGGCGGGCCACGGAAGCCAGCGGCACGUCUGCGCAAAAACGAGAUGCUGGAGGAAUAUUUACAGGAGACUUCUGGGGCUCCUUCAUUGGAAGCUUCUAUUGGGUCCAACAUUGUGGAUUCUGGACGUAGUGUUCGGAGCGAGCGGGACCGCAGAAAGGAGCGGGAAAUCACCGAGUAUGAAGAAAACAAUUAUACGCGACUUACAGAAAAGACAAAAGAUCGACACCGUGGAGUGGCAGGCAAAAAACGAGGCCGCAGAAACGAUGGUGAUGCAUUGUUUGGUGAAUCUUGGGGGACCGGGUCAUACGAAGCAGCCACCAAGAAAAACAAGGGUAACCAGUCUGUAUGGGACAAGGCAAAGCGUCGUGGAAGUCGCAAGUAA